AUGACGCUCAACCCCCCUCUACGCGAAACCCUGCUUGCAGAAUUGGGCGACGAUACCAAUCUAACAGCCCGUUCAUCCUCUGGCAUCAUGAGUCCAGCCGAACUAAUCUUACAACGUAUCCAAAUACAGUCCUCUACUGGCGCGCGAAACAAAGAUGCUGCUAAACGGGCCGCAGCUGCAAAACGCGGCCAAUCCACCUUGGCUUUGGCUCCCAAGGGAAAGCCUAGGCUUCUAUUGAUGGGCCAGAGAAGGCGAGUGCUGAGUGGAAAAUCCUCCAUUUCGAGCGUUGUGUUUCAUAAGCUACCUCCCAAUGAGACCCUUUUCUUGGAGUCGACAGCACGGAUACAGAAGGACUCUAUGGCAUCCUUCAUGGACUUCCAAGUCUGGGACUUUCCAGGGCAAAUUGAUGUUUUCGACAACGCCAAUUUUGAUGUGGAUGCCAUUUUUGGUGAGAUUGGCGCCCUCAUCUGGGUAAUCGAUGCCCAAGACGACUAUCUCGAGGCCGUGUCCCGCCUCAACGCCACCAUCCUCUUCUUGCAACGCGGCUACCCCAAUAUCAACAUUGAAGUAUUUAUACACAAAGUCGACGGCCUUUCCGACGACUACAAGCUUGAUAUCCAGCGCGACAUCACCAUCCGCAUCCAAGACGAAUUGUCUGAUCACGGAUUCGAAAACGCGCCGGUUACAUUUCACCUUACAUCCAUUUACAACCAUUCCAUUUUCGAGGCCUUUAGCAAAGUCAUACAGAAACUCAUUCCUCGCUUAGGGACGCUCGAGUCCAUGCUUACCAAUCUCUGUCGAACCUGCCGCUUUGAAAAGGCAUAUCUGUUCGAUGUGCUUUCCAAGAUUUAUAUUGCUACGGACAGCGCAACGGCCGACAUGGCAAGCUACGAGAUUUGCAGCGACUACAUUGAUGUCAUCAUCGAUAUCACAGAGGUGUAUGGCACGUGGCAGCGUAGUGACGAGAAUCUUAAGAAAUUGGAAGGAGACCCAUGGAAUGCCAAACUUGAUGAGCAGAUUGGCUGUCCUACGGCUGAGAGCUGUCUCGUUUUGCACGAUAGCAAUAAGCCCAUUAUGUUGAGGGAGGUGGACCGUUACUUGGCCCUGGUUGCCAUCAUGAGAGAUGAUUCAUACGACAGAAUGCCCUUGGUCAACAUGAAUGUCGAGGCCGUCGUGGAGGGGUUGACAGAGUUCUUCAACAUUACGAAACCACGAAAGUAG